GCGACACGGCAAAAGACAGGAGAGAGAGAGAGAGGCGAAGCAAAAAGGCGCUGGUGGCACGAAGCACAGCGGCGGGCGGAGUCGACGACAACUCAGCUCGAGAGACAAAGGCGAUUCUUCUUUCCUUUGACCCGAUGGGAAUGGACGCGUCUUGACACCGACACCCAUCGCUUUCAUCGUCUUUCAUCCCAUCCCCAACGCAUCGGCAGAGCCAUCGUCAGCGGGCAUCACGCCGUGGGCCAAUCAGGCCGUCAUCGAGCCCUUCAGCCAACGAAGCUGACGAUUCUGCCCCCUUUUCUGCACCCCCUCUUCCUCUUCUUCAUCGACUCCCUGCGAACGCACGCCUGCUCGCCAUGGGCCCUCCUAAGAAAAAGGGCCUCAGGCCCAAGCAGAGCCGCAGCCGCUUCCACGAGGGCUCCAUGAACGACCGCGUCUCGGCCGUGCCGCCGCCCCAUUUCCUCGGGCCCGACGAGAUCGAGGCGCUCGAGCGGCCGCUGGACGCCGAGCUCGAGCAGCACCAGUACAACCUGCGGAGCUCCCGCCGAUCCCAGGACACCCAGCGCCAUCUCCAGCUGUACAUGUCCCGGCAGGCCCCCAGCAUCGCACCCAGCAUUGCCCCAAGCGUCGCGCCGAGUGUCGCGCCCAGCGUGGCCCCGAGCACUGCCACGUCACCCAAGAAGGGCGUCUUUGGCCAGGUGUGGGAGGGCGUUCGAGGGCGCUUCAAGCUGAAGAAGGAUGCCCCAUCAGCAUCGCCGGAGCAGAAGAAGCACGAGACUCCUUCGACGCCUUCACCAAAGAAGCCUGCGCCGGGUGCCUUCGACGACAGGCCCACUAGGGAAGAGGCCUUGGCGAGCUACCAUCUGCUGGUCGAGUCGGGCUUCUUCACCUCUCACGCCAUCCAGUCCACGCGGCAGCCUCCUCCGCCGGGCUACACGCGGCAACGGCCAGCUACCAGCCACCAGGCGCUCCCUACAUCUGCGUCAACGACGACACCGUCACCCCAGCCGGCGCCUACCCACGCCCCCCCUUCUCUGCCUCCGCCGCCAAAGUGGCCUCUCAACACGACGCCCAAGACGCCCAGGAGCACCAGGAGCAACAGGACGUCUCUAUCCAUCAUGACGCCUGCCAGCGGCGACUCGAGAGGCACCAAGCGGACCGCAAACGAGAACCAGCCGUCGUCCCCCGAGAUCCAGAUCCACCAGGACGAAAGGCCCAAACCAAUCCGGACCAGGGAAUCUCGCACCAAGAUCCGUAGAACGGCUUCUCGCGACUUUAACAUUCCCAUCCUUCGCACUACUGGAUCCCGGCGGAAGCUCUCGACCGGCCGCACAAAGGCUCGGAAGAACCCGAGCAGCACCAGCCUGCCGCCCGUGGUCAUCCACCACUAUCACAGCCACAGCACGUCGAGCCGCGACUCCAAGCAUAGCAGACGGUCCUCCCACCUGCUGUGCGCUACCUCGCCCUCUUCAUCUGCGGCCUCGUCCCCUCGCGCGUCCCUCGACUCUACGGCGUCCUGCCGAGACAGCGGCGAGAGCGUCUACAGCGUUCGUGCCAUCGGCUCGGGCUCCAAGAGCUCCCGGCUGCUACGAUCCAGAAAGACUGCUCCCGCUGCUACUUCUGCCGCUGCCGCGGAGGCCCUCAAGGUGGUUCCCAACGCCAACCGGGGAAUCCCCAGCGUCCCCUCUAUUCCCGCCAAGUAUACUUUCGGAGAAGAUCGAGAGAAUGGCCAGCCCUGGCGGGGGCUGAGACGGUGA